GACGCUUUCGCCGCGGGGCCCAAAAAGGGCGCCAAGAGGGCGCUCGAAGAGGCCGCCGCCGCGCCCGAGGAGGAGCCCGAGGAGCAGGAGGCCGCCGAGGCCGAGGAGGAGCCAGAGGUGCAGGAGGAGAUCAGCGAGGAAGACCGCUUGGCCAAGCAGGAGGAGGAGAUCUCCUCUGCGCGAAAGAAGGAGCUGAAGGCCAUGGCAGCAUCCGACCUCAAGGACCUCGUGGUCGGCAAGGGCCUCGAGGUGGGAAACAAGAGCGACAAUGUGGACGCCGUUCUGGCGGCAGAGGCGAAGGAGCGCGCGGACCAGCGGGCAAAGGAGGCGCGGCUCCGCCUGGUGGUCGUGAAGAAGAAGGAGGAGCUCGAGGGCCUCCCCUUCGGCGAGCUCGUGGAGCGCUGCAAGGCGAUCGGCCUCGCCGGCAAGCUCACCAAGGAGAAUCGCGUGCAGCAGCUGAUGGCCAAGUGGCAGCAGGACGACGGCAUCAGCAAGGGCCUCGCCGCCAUGGCCGUGCAG